CUAUCCGGUCCUCAGUGCGUUGGGCUCUCUGAGCUCCCUGAGUUCUCAGGGGCUGGCUGUAGGGCUGGGUUACACCUCUCUUAUUCCUCUCCUCAGGUCCCUGCCACUGUGUUUUUCUUCCCUGUCCUGGGCAGCACACACACUCACAUACACACACCUUUCUUUUCCCUGGAUCCACCAUCCUGGGCUGAGAAGCCAGGAGAGAGGGUGGCAAGAUUUGGAGGAACCGCUGGGACGAUUGGUUUUUGAAUAGCGAUUCUUCACCAUGGCUAGAUUCUUCAUCAUCUUCAGAAGCUUGGUCCUGUUGCAGGCACUCUGCUUGGCCUUAUCGCAAGUGACCGGUCCACCCGGACCGCAGGGCCCCCUUGGUCCCGCUGGUCCCGCUGGAACUCCCGGCGCUGACGGCAUUGAUGGAGAAAAGGGCCCUCCUGGACCACCUGGACCACCAGGUCAAAAGGGAGAUCCAGGUGAGCCUGGUCCUGAUGGAUCUCCAGGGGAGGAUGGUAUUGAUACCGGUCCACCCGGACCGCAGGGCCCCCUUGGUCCCGCUGGUCCCGCUGGAACUCCCGGCGCUGACGGCAUUGAUGGAGAAAAGGGCCCUCCUGGACCACCUGGACCACCAGGUCAAAAGGGAGAUCCAGGUGAGCCUGGUCCUGAUGGAUCUCCAGGGGAGGAUGGUAUUGAUGGUUUGAUUGGGGCUAAGGGUGAGAGGGGCCCUCGUGGUAAUCCUGGACCAAAGGGUCAGCCAGGGCCUAGUGGACCACCAGGGCGAACUGGACCUGGACUGCCUGGACUUCCUGGAGCAGCAGGCCCCAUUGGGUUUCCUGGACAAAUUGGGUCUACUGGGUCAAAGGGUGUCAUGGGAAGUCCUGGACCUCCAGGAAUACCCGGACCUCCAGGAAAGCCAGGUCCACCAGGAAAGUUUUUGGGUUUAGAGGAAGGCAGUGCUGACUUCCAGUGUCCAACCAACUGUCCACCUGGGCCAAAAGGUCCUCAGGGCUUACUGGGAGUGAAGGGACAUAAAGGUCGCACUGGGGUACUAGGAGAUCCAGGUAGCAUUGGAAGAGUGGGUACAAAGGGUGGAGUCGGCAUCUCCGGUGAACAAGGAAUACCAGGCCCUCCAGGUCGUGAUGCUACAGAUCAACACAUCGUUGACGUAGUCCUGAAGAUGCUGCAAGGUGAAUAA